CCUCUGAGGGAGCAGGGCCUGAGAGCUUGGUCCCUUGUAAUGGGUCAACAUAUAAUCCUUUCAAGGACACAUGUUGUGGAGUCAAUAGCACAACUACAGGUAAUCUGACAUCAGGUCUGAGUGAAAGGAUGUCUAAAUGCUGUGGGCUGCAGGCAUACAACCCACUUAAUGAAAUAUGCUGUAACCUAACGGUUAGCCCCAAGCCUUCACACGAUGCCAAGUGCUGUGACAAACAGCCUUAUGAUAAAAAGCAGAAAGUGUGCUGUGGGGGAAAGAAGGUCCUGACCAGGCUUUCUCCUGACCAUCACUGCUGUUAUGAAAGCCUUUUCGACUCUUCAAUUGAGGAAUGCUGUCAGGAUAUGUUUCCUAGGAUACAGCUUAAAACCAACGAUUCUGUCACCUGUGUGAAGAAGCUCGCAUCUAAUUCCUCACACCUGGGACAAUCUCAAGGGGGUGGUGUUAAAAGGUGGUGCAGUAAGAAUGUUGAACUAAAACACGAGGAAGUCUGCUGUGCUAGUGAGGCUGAAGAGGUGGUGUACCAUGGGAAGGAAGGCUUCAAAUGUUGUGGUCACCACUACUACAACCCUGCUCUGUGGGUUUGCAAUGCAGAAAAGCUGCGUCCAAUUCAACAACUGAGAUACACCAACAACGGGUUCAUUGAUUAUUCUGGACAACAUAACUUCGAGCCGCAAUGUGCUGAAACGAUGUGUAAAAAAAAUGUCUGCUGCAGUUCUUCAGCUCAACAUCAUGAAAACCCGUGUUCUGUGCAUGUUUCCAAAAACUAAGCACAUGCAUUUCUUAAGGGAUAAAUGAAUUAACUGUGAA